AUCAAGUGUAAAUUUAUGUCGUCAUUUCACUCGUUACUCAAAUACAUUGUACUUGCUCGUGGUUUUUCAGAUAACAGUAUGAUGGACGGUAUAUAUCUCUCAGUUUUCAUUACCCUUGUAGUCGUGGGUUCAGUAGUAGCACCUCCAGCUUCAAGGAUCAGCGAGAUCAAGAUAACCAGAUGUAGCUGCACCAGCUGCUCGUUCAAACAAAUUGGUUACGGAUACGUUUAUGUUUCGUUCAAUAGUGCAAGGGUAUCAUGCACUAAAUCCGCCAUUUUACGAGGAAGAACAGUAAUCGGGUGGAAUCACAAUUGUCCAAUAUCUAGUUCAUCUGGAAAAUUUGAAGUAAAAGCUGGAAAUAUUUGUGGAAAGGAUUACGACCGUGUGUAUCUGAACAAUUGUAAAGGAUAUCCCUGCAGUGGUAUAGGUCGUUAGAAAACAGACCAUUUGACAAUAUUGCAAUGUUACAGUGUUUCCAUUCUGUCAACGUGUUGCCCACUGGACAUUAAUAUGAUACGAAAUAAUACAGUAGAGUAGUAAGAAAAUAAAAAAAAUGAGAAAUUAUAUAAUGCGAU